ACGCUCUAUCCGUUACUUUUUUUGCCCUUUUCUUUCUGUAAGGCUGCUCCUAACCAAAGAAAAAGACAAAAAAACGGGCGGUAGGAAAGAAACCCAGAAAACUGCAAAGCGCCGGAAAAGGCGAUAUGAAAGGCUGGAAAGUAGCAGCGGCGGUUCUAUCACGGCGAGCGAAGGCGGGUUAUCGCCACGUGAGCAGAGGCGUCGGCUCUCUGGCGAGCAGUAAGAGUAACCCUGUCGACAUUUAUGAUCACAAUGAGGUGCUGGUGGAAGGCAGAGCUCAUUCCCGAACUGCGGUUCUCAACCGGCCUUCUUCACUCAAUGCCCUCAACACGACGAUGGGCGCUAGAUUGAACAGUUUGUACAAAUCGUGGGAGGAUGAUCCAGAUGUUGGAUUUGUCGCUAUGAAGGGCAGUGGCAGGGCAUUUUGUGCUGGUGGAGAUAUUGUUGCUCUGUAUCACCUCAUAAACCAGGGGAAGUUGGGUCAUUGUAAGGAAUUCUUUUCCACAUUGUACAGUUAUAUAUACCUUUUAGGUACAUACUUGAAGCCAAAUGUAGCUCUUCUGAAUGGCAUCACCAUGGGUGGUGGAGCUGGAGUUUCAGUCCCUGGGAUGUUUAGAGUUGCAACAGAAAGAACUAGGUUUGCUACCCCUGAAACCCUAAUUGGUUUUCAUCCUGAUGCUGGUGCAUCUUUCUACCUUUCACAUUUACCUGGUCAUUUAGGGGAAUAUCUUGGUCUUACGGGGGAGACACUAAAUGGAGCUGAAAUGAUUGCUUGUGGCUUAGCUACUCAUUACACCCAUAGUACAAAGCUUCGAUUAGUAGACCAACAGCUUGGUAAUCUGGACACAGAUGACCCUUCUGUUAUUGAAGCUUCAUUGGAAGAGUAUGGUGACCAUGUCCAUCCAGAUCACAUGAGUGUAUUGCACAGGAUUGAUAUGGUUGAUAAAUGUUUCAGUAAGGAGACAGUUGAAGAGAUCAUAGAUGCUUUGGAAACUGAGGCAUCCGAAACGAAUGAUCUGUGGUGCAACUCUACACUGAGAAGACUGAAAGAAUGCUCCCCAUUGAGCUUAAAGGUUUCCUUGAGAUCUGUAAGUUCCUGCCACCCUUUACCACUGUGACUGCCUCCUGCAAGGGCUUCCUGAUCUGUCCCAUAUAUUGACUGUUUCAGAUACGAGAAGGAAGAUUUCAGACACUUGAUCAGUGCUUAGUCCGAGAAUACAGAAUGUCUCUACAUGGGAUGUCUCAGCGUGACUUCAGCGAGGGUGUUAGGGCUCGGAUGGUGGACAAGGACUUGGCUGCACAGUGGAAUCCUCCAAGGUUGGAACAAGUGACUGAGGACAUGGUGGAUCAUUAUUUCAGUCCUCUGAGUGAAUCAGAGCCAGAUCUACAACUUCCGACAAAGCAGCGGGAAGCAUUUGCCUCGUAAUUUCAGAGGAAGCAACUGCUUGUGAAAAGGGCACAGCUCAGAUCCUUGGGAACCAUCUGGGAAGUAAGAAUUAUUCAAUAACUUGUACAUAUAAGAUUGGGCAUCCUUGCUCCCAUAGUUUGAUCAAUAAAUGGCAAGAUCUCCCUAGAGCUGUAAAGGUGACACAUAUUUUUUUUUUUAAAGUUGGAUUCAUUUUGGAGAUGGUUAUUUGCUCAGUCAUCUUGGUCCCGUUGCACGAAAAUUACAGUUCAAUCUUGCGCGCAGGAAAAAAAGGAAACAAGAAAUGAGCAAAGAUCCAGUAAGGGUUCUCGUCACUGGAGCUGCUGGGCAAAUUGGGUACGCAAUUGUCCCCAUGGUUGCAAGAGGAGUCAUGCUCGGCCCUGACCAGCCCGUAAUCCUUCACAUGCUCGACAUUGAGCCUGCUGCCGAGGCUCUCAAGGGUGUGCAGAUGGAACUGCUCGAUGCUGCUUUCCCGCUCCUCAAAGGCGUGGUGGCUACGACGGACGUGGCGGAAGCGUGCAAAGGCGUGAAGGUGGCGGUGAUGGUUGGCGGGUUCCCGAGGAAAGAAGGCAUGGAGCGGAAAGACGUGAUGUCGAGGAACGUUUCCAUCUACAAGGCGCAAGCCUCGGCGCUGGAAAAGAACGCGGCCCAGGGCUGCAAAGUCGUGGUGGUGGCGAACCCGGCCAACACCAACGCGCUCAUCCUCAAGGAGUUCGCGCCUUCCAUCCCGCCGGACAACAUCACAUGCCUCACCCGCCUCGACCACAACCGGGCCCUGGGCCAGAUCGCCGGGCGGGUGAAGGCGCAGGUCAGCGACGUGAAGAACGUGAUCAUCUGGGGGAACCAUUCCUCCACCCAGUACCCGGACGUGAACCAUGCCACGGUUCGAACAAGCUGCAACGGUGAGGAUAGAUCGGUGAGGGAGCUCGUGGCCGACGACCCGUGGCUGAACGGUGAUUUCAUCGCCACCGUCCAGCAACGCGGCGCGGCGAUCAUCAAGGCUCGCAAGUUGUCCAGCGCGCUCUCUGCUGCCAGCUCCGCUUGUGAUCACAUCAGGGAUUGGGUACUCGGGACACCCAAGGGGACAUGGGUUUCAAUGGGAGUGUACUCAGAUGGAUCCUAUGGAGUUCCAGCGGGUCUUAUCUACUCCUUUCCUGUCACCUGCGACAAUGGGAAAUGGUCCAUAGUCCAAGGAUUGCGGAUUGACGACUUCUCAAGGGAAAAGAUGGAUGCCACGGCAAAGGAGCUGAGUGAGGAGAAGGCCUUAGCCUACUCUUGUCUCAAUUGAUCUAAUGGAUUCCUUUCCUUUCUUGUAGUAAUCACUCGCUUCUUUUGGUACUCUUUAUCUUAGAGGAAUAAUAAGAUAGUUCACUUAGUUAGAUAGGGUCCUCUUCCGAUCCCACCUCUCUCAAGCUCCUAUAUGUAAACCUCAUUCGCCAGCCCUCUUUAUCCUUCUAUAUAUACCUUUCAUAUAUUUUAUCAUAGAUAAUGAUUUUUUAAAAUUUUGAAUUUUACAGUGACUAUAAGCCUG